AUGAAAAAUAAUUCUACAAGGCCAGAAAAUCAUCUUAGAUUAGGUAAUUUCUUUAAAAAUCUAGGACUCAAAAAUGUUAAAAACAAUCAAUUAAAUGAGGCUAUCAUCCAUUUUACAAAAGCUAUUUAAAUUAAUCCAAAGGAAUCAAGAUUAUUUUUUAACAGGGGUUUUUCGUUUUUUUAUUAUUAGGUUUGGCAUACUCAAGAAUAGAUAGAAUAGAAGAAGGUUUAAGUGAUUAUUCAAGAGCUAUUGUAUUGAACCCUACCUAUAUUUUUGCAUUAAAUAAUAGAAGUAUUCUAUUCUCUCUUUAUUUAUUCGUAGGUUGUUUAUUAAAACUAAUGGGUCGUUAUUCUGAAGCAUUAAUAGACUUAAAUUAAAUUUUAGAAUUGGAUCCUUAAUAUGCUACAGGAUUUUACAAUAGAGGUAUUUCUUAAUUGAUUUAGGAUUGUUACAUGAGAUUAUGGGAAAAAAAUAAAAAGCUAUUUAGGAUUUCAAUUAGGCUAUUAAAUUAAACUGCAAAGAUCCCAAUUUAUUUUACUGCAAAGGUAUUUUGCAAAUAUUUUUAGGAAAUAUUUUUUUUGAUACUGGACAGUUCCAGUAAGCUUUAAAUAAUUAUUAUUAAGCAAUAAAAUUAGAUGAAAAUCAUGAGGAUACACAUUAUAAAAUAGGAUUAAUUUAAGAAAAUAGAAAUGAAAAUUUAGAUGCCUUAAGAAGCUUGAAAAAGGUUAUUCAUUUGAACCCCAAAAAUGAAUUUGCUCGAAAUAAAAGAAGUAGUUAUUAAUGAAAAAUUAAGAAAAAUUAGUAGAAAAAAUGAUCAAAGCAGAAAAAUUUUAAGAGGUUAUAGAAGAAUAUGAUAUAAAUGUUGAUAAGAAUUAAUUUUUUGCAUUUUUCUAGAGGGGUAGAUAUAAACGUUGUUGUUAUUAGGGAUUUUAUUUAGUGAUAUCAACAAAAUUUAAGAAGCACAACAUGAUUUUGAUGAAGCAAUAAAAAUUAAUAGCAGCCUCUCAAUUUUAUUAGAAGAGAGAGGUAAUCAAAUUUUUAUGGCAGGAAAUUUAUUUAAGAAGCAGAAUAAAUAUGAGAAAGCAAUUUAAGAUUACAAUACCGCAUUAGAAUUUGAGCCAAAUUCAAUCUCUACUUUAAUAGCUAGAGGUAUAUAAAUUUAUUCACAUUAAGGGAAUAUAUUUGCUGAAAUUUAACUAAAUGAAAAAGCAAUAUUAGACUACAAGUAGGUAUUAGAGUAAAACCCUAAUAAUGUUUAAAUUUUGGUUAAUAGAGGUAGUAUUUUAUAUUUAAAAAGGUAAUGUUUAUCAAAAAAUAAAUUAUUUGGAAGAAGCUAUGUCUGAUUAUAAUCGUGCUCUUAAAAUUAAACCUUAUCACAUUGAUAUUUUGUAUAAUCGAGGUUUAUCCAUAUUAAAUUCUUAGGCAAUUUAUUAAUUAAACUUCUUAAAUAUGAGGAAGCAAUGAAUGAUUAUAAUCAAGUACUUAAAUUUGAUUCUAAUCACAUCAAUACUUUAAUAAAUAGAGGUAAAUUAUCAAUUAUUUGAGACAGGGACUUUAUUUUAGCUUAGAAAUUAAUAUGACAAAGCCAUUAGUGAUUACAAUAAGGCGCUAGACUUAGAUCCAAAUCACAUAAAUUCUUUGUUUAAUAGAGGUAUGCAAACCUCUAAUUUUAGGACUAUUGUUUUAAAUUUUAAAAAAAGAUUAAACAGCUCUAAUCGAUUAUAAUAGAGCACUUGAAAUAGAACCAACAAAUCUCAGAAUUCUGAAUAAUAGAGGUUCUAUGUUGAUUAAAUAUUAGGAUAUUUGUUUUUUUCGAUGAAGCAAUAUGAAAAAGCAAUGGCUGAUUACAACAGAGCGUUAGAGUUAUAUCCUAAUGACGUUGAAACUUUAAAUAAUAGAGGUAAAUUUUAAUCUAAAUAUAAUAGAAGUAUUGUUUGAUAGCAUGAACCAAUCUGAGAAAUCAUUAGUUUUCUAUAAAAAAGCACUGGAAUUGAACCCUAACGAAGCAAAUAAAUUUGGUUUAAAUAGAUAUAAUAAAUUAGAAAAACUAUUUGAAAAUAUGAAUUAAUAUGAAAUUGCUUAAGUUUUCUACAAUAAAGCUCUCGAAUUGCACCCAUAAAAAGUUGAUGUUUUAGGAUGUUAAGGUACAUUUUAUUAAAAGAAAAGGAUAACUCUUUGAUGCCUUAAGCUAAACUGAUAUUGAAAUGGCUUAUUGUGAUAUUGCACUUGAAUUAACACCUGAUGAUGUAAAUAUUUUUAUAAAGAGAGGUAUAUCUCUUAUGUUUUAAUAAUAGGAAAGUUAAAUCAAUAAAUUAAUUAAAAUGAAAAAGCUAUGGCUGAUUUUAAUGAAGCAUUGGAAAGAGAUCCAAAUAAUGUUUGUGGUUUGUGCAAUAGGGGUAUUCAGAUUAUGAAUAUAAAGGAUUAUUAUUUUAUAAGAUGAAUUAAUUGGAAAAAGGAAUAAUUGAUUAUAAUCGAGCCCAGGAAUUGGAACCAAACAAUGCUAAUAUUUAUUUUAAUAGAGGUACAUAUUGAUUUUAAAAAGUAGGAAAUUUAUUAUAAUUGAUGAAUCAUUUUUAAAAAGCUUUGCAAGAUUAUAACGAGUCCCUUAAAAUUUAACCGAAUGAUGUUCAAACAUUGAUAAACCGAGGUUAAUUUUAGGAGAUAUUUAGGAAUUCUACUUCAAAAAAUGCAACUAUAUGAACAAUCAUUAGAUGAUUAUAACAAAGUGCUUAUAUUUUAGCCUAAACAAAUUGAUGGCUUAUAUAAUCGAGGUUUCAAAAGAACGUAUUAUUAGGAUUAUUGUUUUAAUAAUUAGAUUAAUAAGAAAAAGCUUUAGCUGAUUAUGAUAAAGUAUUAGAAUUAAAUUCUAAGCAUUUAAACGCUUUGGGAAAUCGAGGUCACAAUUAGAUUUUACAUUAGGAUUAUUAAAUUAUUAAAUGAAUUAUUACGACGAAGCCAUGGAAGACUUCAAUCAAGUGCUCAAAUUAAAUCCAAUUGAUAUUGAGACUCUUGGAAAUAGAGGUAAGAAUGUAAAAUAUAACAAUAGGGAAUUUAUUCGAAACUCUUAAUAAAGAUGACGAAGCAAUGGCAGACUACAAUAAUGCUCUAAAAUUGAAUCCAAAAAAUGAAAAUAUUUACUUUAAUAGAGGUAUUUCAAUAUUAGAUAAAGGAAAUUUAUUUGAAAAAUUGAACUAAUAUGAAAAUGCUAUAAAUGAUUACAGUUAAGCAAUCUUAUUAAAUUCAUAAUUUGAUUAAGCAUUUUACAGUCGAUGUAGAUUAAAAUAUAUUAAUUAGGUCUUCUCCACGAAUUUUUGCAAUAAUUUCAAUUUGCCCUCUCAGACAUAAAAAAGUGUUUAGAAAUACACCCUAAAAAUCCAUUAUAUUAAGUUUAAUCUGCUAGUAUAUUAAUUUCGCUUUUUGAUGAUGAUGAAGCAUAAAAAAGUUUAACAAAAGCUAGGGAGACUAUAUAAAAUUUCGAUAAAAUAAAACUUUUAACCUAAUUUAAAUUAUCUAUUGAUAAUUAUUACUAUAUAAAAAAAAAGAUAGAAUUACUUUAGGAAAUUUAAGAAAGGUACUAGAAUUUAAAUUAGUAAUCCUCUUUAUCUUUAGAGCAAUCUGUUUAAAUUAACUUUGAGGAUGAGGAAUUUUCUAUUCAUUCACUCAGAAAUUCUUAAUAUCUUGCAAAAUUAAUCCAAAAUUGUAGAAAUAAAAAGGAUUAAAAAAAGCAGAUAGUUUAAUUAACACAAUGGGUUGAAUAACUCUAUAAAUUAGAUGCGAUUAAAUUGGAUCUUAAGAUUUAAGAAAUCAAAUUACCUGAAAAUUAAUAGUACAACUACUACUUUAAUUCAUUUUGUUUUCGCUUAGGGUCUUAUUUAUCAGCUUGCCAAUAAAUUUCUACUGAAUUAUUUCAAGUUAAUAAUGAGGUUGUUGUUGAAACAUUUAUUGAAAAGGUUUCCUAAAUUUUUACAAAAUCAAUGAUGGCUUUAUCAAAAAUAUUUGGAUCAAUACCUGUGAUAGGGACAGGUUUUAAUAUUUUUUGUAAUAUUUUUGAUAUUGGUUUGGAGGAAUAUAAAAAUUAAAAGUUUAAAGAAAAAAUUAAUAAUAUUGUAAGUAUUUUACAUGUCAAGGCUCCAAACUAAAAAUAAUUAGAUACUGAAUUAUAAUUUGCAGCAAUAGAAAUGGCCUAUAAGCAUGAUGAAUUUUCAUAAAAAUUAAACUCAUAGUAUUCAGAAAUUGUUAGUUAAAUAUCUAAGAUUGAAAAAGAGAAAAUACCUUUUGCUGAAAAUUAUUAUUGGUUAAAAGGGAUUGAAGAUUCUUUUAUAGUUUUAUAGCAUCUUGAAAAGAAUAGCUAAGAAAUAAUAACUAGUUAAAAAGAAUUUAGACAAUAAAUAGUAGAUAUUUUGCAAUAAGUUAAGGUAGACAAAUUUGAGCAAACGAAAAAAUAAACAUAAAAAAAUUGCUUGAUUUUUUGA